UAUGGCAAUACCAAUCGACGGCAGACGUCAUUUAAACGUCAGUCGGUUCGAGAGCGAAAACUUGUAUCCAAUAUCGAUAAUAUCCGCAAUAUUUUCCAAUUUUAUUAAAUUACUCUCUCACUAAGCAGAAAAGAAAUUACAGAAGACAUAAGUCUUACCGGAUAUCACCACGAAUUUUAUCAAAUUUUUUGCAACAAUGGUGCAGAAAGGGCCUCGACCUUUGGUGUUGUGCGGUCCAUCGGGAUCUGGAAAGAGUACUCUGCUGAAGCGCCUUCUUAAAGAAUUUCCCGAUAAGUUUGGGUUCAGCGUUUCUCACACGACGAGAGGUCCCCGGCCGGGUGAGAAGAAUGGAGUCCAUUACCAUUUUACUACAAAAGAUGAAAUGCUCGCUGCCAUUGAAAAAGGUGAAUUUCUAGAAACCGCUACAUUCAGUGGGAACACAUAUGGGACAAGUAAGAGAGCAGUUGAAGAUGUUCGCCGCACCGGAAAGAUCUGUGUACUGGAUAUUGAGAUUGAAGGUGUGAAACAAGUAAAGCGUUCAGAUCUCGACCCUCUGCUGGUGUUUGUGAUGCCGCCUUCAAUCGCAGAGCUGGAGAGACGCCUGCGUGGACGUAACACAGAGUCUGAUGAGGCACUGAAGCUGAGACUUGAGACAGCUAGGAAGGAAAUAGAGUUUGGCCAGGAACCCGGCAACUUCCACAUCAUCAUCAUGAACGACAACUUGGAUAAGGCGUAUUCGGAACUGCGUGAGUUUAUUGCGCAGAAUGUGAAGGACAAUGACCAAGCGUGCGACGGUCCUACAGCCAACGAGUGAACAUUUCAAUGCAUGGAGUGGUUAACAUUUGCCGGGUUGUUUCACUUUGUGAAUACUAUCUACGUUACUCCCAUUUGGGUUAGAUUGGGAUUUCCAGUUAAAAAACAACACUCAUGAAAUUUAUGAUAUUUCAUAAAGUGAAACUGAUUUCUUAUUUUUACAGUCUCCUUGAUAUUCACGAAAUCGAUAGUUCACUUAGUGUGAGUAAUUAUUCGUUCGUUUGUACAUAUAAGUCGAUCUAGUAGCCUGGCUAUUUGUGUACUGUGCUGGCGUUUUUCGUCAGCGAUUGUUCGCCCAGAGAUUCGAUAAAAUAAGUAAAUAAGUAUUAGAAAGCGCACGGUUGAUUUUCUUGGGAAUAUCAUUCAUUACUGUACAUAUAUUUUGUGAAUAUUAACGGUUACUUUAAAUAGAUAUGGAGGUUGAAAGGCUGAUGAGUCGCCCUUCUACAUGUGUUUAGUUAAUUUUUAACUCUGUUAAUGUUUUUAUUUCUGUUCAUUAGUACAAGUUAGAGAAUAUCUUAAGAUUUUGUUGAAGAUUAAUGCUGACUUUUCAUUAAGUAAUUUUACAACAUUUAUUGAUUCACUAAAUGGGUUUUCUUUAAUUACACUCUUGACAAUGAAUUAAUUUAUGAAAAUAUUUAAAAUCAGCAUUGACUCUGUGUUAAUUGUAAGUUUGAUUGUGUUCAAUUACUUAGCGUGAAUUAAUUACACUUCCUUCUAUAUGAUAAUAUCUAGAAAGUGUUGCGUGCAGUACGCAUCACACGAAGGACCUUUAUAGGUAUCUAUUUGACCGUCAAGUAUGUCCAUCGACAGUUAAUAGUUUGGUUGUCAUUUGACAAGUGUACGCAAUGCAAACUCUUCAAAUGACAUACGUACCUAUUAUUUUUUAAACUUUCCAUUAUAAAUAAAAUUAAAAUUAAAAAUAAUUACAAGUGAAAUACUUCGUAAUUUUCAAGCUAUAUAACUGGAAUGCGUAUUCAUUAAGGAACUCACUAAAAUGUCGAAAGAAACUGAUAAGUCUGUGACUGUGGACAUAUUGUAUAGUUUCGACAUAUCUUUACAUUUACACAAUUAAUGUACCUAUUGCAAACGUUUGCCCCAAAAUUUACGGAUAUUUAGAUAUUUAUUGCUAAAGAGAAAUGUGGGAGCUCUUAACGAUUAAAAGUCUGGGUUUCUAGAACAGAUAUUGUUUACAAUUACAUAGGAAGUCCUGAGAUUGUUCGUUUCAUACUCAUUUUUGAGUAAAGCAUUAUUUUGAUCUUAAUGGCCCGUGUAGGUGGAUUGGCAAUAAAUGCAACCAUCAUAAAUAAAAUAAUAAUCGUGUUAACGUGCUUAGGUAAUUUGACACAUAUUGUUGUAUUUUAUUACUAUAGACAAAGAUAUUAUAUUGAAAAUACACUUACAAUAUUUUUCA